AUGGGAACUCCACCGGAUGCAAAGAUCACUAAAGAGGACGUUGGUUCACUUCACCGUCACACCCUAACAUCUCUCGCUCACGAUGCCGUCAUGCAGAUCCAAGUCCCUGAACUCCACGAUAGUCCAAGUCCAAAAUCUGAUCAGAUUUUGGACUUGGACUUCACAGUUGGCUCCUAUUAUCGACCAAAUAAUGUGAUGUUUGACUCGCUGGCGCUCAUGCAGGAGGGCGCUAUCACAUAUUUGAGAUUAAUGCUCCAGGUUAUGCUGGCAAAGAAACAUAGCAUCGGAAUUGAAGGGUGA